UCCCUUCCGUGGCAAUAGACUAAGCUGCUGGUCCAGUGAGGACUAUAAGAACUCCGAUGACUGGGAAAGUAAUAUCAGUUGUUGGCUCUUUCUUCGAGCAAGGACAGCUCCAAUUCUCGUCAACGUUCGAUCAUUUCGAUCACUGAAUAACCACCAAAUAUAGAAAAAAGAGAAAAAGAAAAUGAAGAUCCUUGCAUUGGUGUUAGCAUUGGCAUGUGCGGUCCAAUGUGGUCUAGCUAAGACAAAAAAGCAAGUACAUGAGCGAGAAGCGGGUAGUUACGAGUAUGGUUACGGAGGUCAUCCGGAAUCAGUGUUAUUAGAUCCUCACCUUUUGCAAGUAGAUUCAGUGGCUGUGCCCAGUGGUACUCACUUAUCAGAACACCGUCCAUCUCGGCCAGGUUAUAGUGUGGGUGGUCCUUUGGCAAGUAUUGCUCAAGGAGCGGCUGAACAGGCUCACACGCAAUUAGGAAAUCAACAUUCAGCAGCUGGACAGGCAGCUUUCAUGGCCAAGAACACAUUGGCUCAGGCAGCGGCACAGUCAGCUGCAACAGCAGCAGCAGCUUUAGCAGGUAAACAAAUCAUCGUGAUGGGUCUUGAACAACAAUCGAGAGAUGCUCACGUUGCCGUCGAUGGUGAAAAACUUCAAUUGCAACAAGCACAACGUGCUGCUACAGCUGCUCAAAAUACUGCUCAACAAGCGAUGCAUCAGGUUCAAGUAAUCACUGCAGCCUUGAAUGCCGCUCAGGCUACUGCUGAUCACGCCAGUCAAGCUGCAGCCGAAGCUCAAGCUGAAUUAGCCGCUCAAACCACUAUGGUUGGCCAGGCAAAGGCCCGUGCCGAAACAAUCGAGGAACAACUCAAUGCAGCUCGUGUCGAUUUCGAAGCAACUCAAGCCGCUGCUCAAAAAGCUGCAAACGCUGCAUCCGCAGCCCAAUCGAAUGCCGCUGCUGCUGCAGCUCAUGCUGCAAAUGCUGCUGCUGCUAACGUUGCAGCUGCCACAGCUAACAGUCAUCCCAGCGGUGCUCAUGGUGGUAGCCUCGUUGCUCACUUAGGCGAACCCCUUACGAACGCUGUACCCGUUGAUGCGUAUGAUUACAAAUCUGGGAUUUAUCAUUAUUGAUGAUUCUUUUCAAUUUUAGUUCGUCGACCUGUACUUUUUUCUACUCGUCUCACGUGCUCGAACUUUCAACUUAUUUCUUAUUUUGUAUUUCUUAUGUCUUCUCAUUAUAUGCAAAGGUUGAACAUCAACAAGUUGACUUCAUCGAGUUUUUCUGUUAUCGUUAGAGUUUAUCUAUUUAAAAUUUAUAUUAAGAAGAAUAUCGAUUUAAAUACAUUGUUAAUGUGAUCGAUUGAAACUUAAAACGAUAGAGCGUUAUCGCAGCUGAAAAUUUGAUCGAAAGGAUCAUCGUCUUUGAAGAAAUAAAAUUUUUCGAUCCUUUUUGAAAUUAUUCAUUUUUCAUCAUUCAAUGUAAAUCGGAAAACUGCCUUCAUAUUCCAUUUUUCGUAUUAUUUUUUAUUUUAUCAAUGGAUUUUAUCUAACUUGCUACGUUUCCUUCGUAAAAAAUUUUUUUUCUCGUCGUUUACUUUUUUCUAUAAAUAAAACACAAAAACGUAAUUAAACGUUUUUAUUAUUUUAAGAUGUUUUUUAUCUCCGUAACCAUUACAAGUUAUCACCAAAAAAAAAUUACGUCAAUAGGUGAAAUUUUAUUAUGUUCUAUUUUACAAAUUAAUAAAAUCAAACGUAUGUAA